CGCCCAACCUUGAAAUAUCCAGUCAUGGCAGAUGCCGACGCUCUUCGUGCAAAGAUGAAAGCAAGUGGUGACCAUGUGCGGACUCUCAAGUCCCAGGGUGCGCCCAAAGAGCAGGUCGAGGCCGAGGUAGCCAAGCUGCAGGAGGCUAAGAAGGAGCUUGCUGAGGCGACCGGGGAGCCUCUAGGAGAAGAGAAGGGGAAGAAGGGAAGAAUGGCAUUGAAAACGGCGAAGGGGACACGAGACUGGGCUCCGUCAGAUAUGGCUUUACGAGAACACAUCUUUUCCACUCUCACGAGAGUAUUCAAGAAGCAUGGGGGAUCCACGAUUGAUACUCCGGUUUUUGAGCUCAAAGAAAUUCUGGCGGGCAAAUAUGGCGAGGAUUCUAAGCUCAUCUACGAUCUCCAAGAUCAGGGCGGGGAGCUUUGUUCGCUUCGCUAUGACUUAACUGUACCUUUUGCCCGUUUUCUUGCCAUGAAUCCCAUUCACUACGCCAACAUCAAGCGAUACCACAUUGCGAAAGUAUACCGACGAGACCAGCCAGUCAUGACGAAGGGACGUAUGCGCGAGUUCUAUCAGUGCGAUUUCGACAUUGCCGGUCAUUAUGAUCCGAUGGUACCAGAUGCAGAGAUUCUGUGCAUUGUAUGCGAAGCACUGGGUGAGCUUGAGAUCGGUGAAUUUACGGUGAAGAUCAAUCACCGCAAAAUACUUGAUGGUAUAUUUGCCGUCUGUGGUGUACCAACCGAGAAGACGCGUACCAUCUCUUCAGCUGUAGAUAAGUUGGACAAGCUCCCGUGGGCCGAAGUGCGCAAGGAGAUGACCGAGGAGAAGGGCUUAGACCACGAAGUCGCCGACAGAAUCGGAAAAUACGUCAUGUUGAAAGGUGGUCCUGAGCUGCUUGAUCGAUUAAAGAAGACUGAAUUAGCCAACAACGCUAUGGCAAAACAAGGCAUGGAUGAUAUGGAGCUGCUGUUCACGUACCUUGACAUAUACGGUAUCAGUGACAAGAUGUCCUUCGACCUAUCCCUCGCCCGUGGUCUCGACUAUUACACGGGCAUCAUCUAUGAAGCUGUUACUCAUGCAUCAGCACCGCCCGGCUUCACCACCGUCCCCUCAGUACCAUCCACAGAAGCCCAACCUAGCGAUCAUCACUCUGGCCCUUCUGCCCCCUCAUCCAAAUCGAAGAAGCCUAAGAAGGACGCGGAAGGAGAGGAGGAAGUGGAUGAGGCGACCGUCGGUGUUGGUUCUAUUGCUGCUGGAGGAAGAUACGACGAGCUCGUUGGCAUGUUCAUGUCCGCGGCCGCUGGCGCGGGUGGCUCCUCGAAGAAAGCUGCUGGCAUCCCUUGUGUGGGUAUCAGUGUUGGCGUCGAGCGUGUAUUUUCCCUCUUGAACCAAAAGGCCAAGGCAGACGAAGAGAGUAGAUGGGGUCGGAGUAAAGAGACUGACGUCUUCAUUGUUGCGGUUGCGGAAGGUCUUCUAGCCGAACGGAUGAAGUUGGCCAAAGAGUUGUGGGAUGCAGGUAUCAAGGCUGAGUUCAUGCACAAGGCAAAGCCCAAGUUCCGUGCGCAGUUCGAGACUAUUGAGAAAGAGCGAGUCCCAUUUGCAGUACUGCUUGGUCCGGAUGAGGUGAAGCAGGGUGUUGUAAAGAUCAAGGCACAAAAAGGAAAGGAAGAAGGCAAAGAAGACGAAGGCGAAAUUGUAGAACGAGUUUGCCUUGUUAGUUGGCUCAAAGAACGACUAUGACCUCAGAUGUGCACGGUUGGCACGUUGUGCCUUAGAUAGAUGUCAAAUGUGAUGUGAUGUACCCGCCCAAAGGAUCCUGCCAUCUGCGGACAACAUCAUAUCCGACCAGAAGACAUCUCCAAGACCGGUGAUCUGAUUGACAACUUGCUUUUGGUGGACGGAAAUGAUAUCGAUGGUAGCGUUGCGGAUGUGGUUGAUAUACGCCCACUGUCCGUCGGGGGAAAAGAGGACUUUGCUGGGUCCGUCUCCAGUCAUGAUGCGCCCAAUCACUCCCCCUUUGAGACCGUCGAUGAGCUCCACUUCCUGAAGAGCACGCGCAGCAACCCAGACUGUGCGGUUGUCGGGCGCGAAAAAGGCUUCGUGUACCGCGCGACCGGCAGUCGUGGCAGAGACAAUAGAGUUGUCGAGUGUACGAAUGACGGCCACAGUGUUAGUGGCGACGCUGAUGGAUACGAUGUACUUGCCAUCACGAGAGAAGCCGAGCCCAUGUACGUUGACGACCUUAAGGUAUUGAGGUCCAAGCACAUCGGUCAAACGCGAAUCCCCGAGGAUGAUCGUGCCGAGGACAGUAUUAUCAAACGGGCGGAUAACCGUGAUCGUGUUCGAACUCUGAUCUCCGGUAUAGAUUCUGUCGCUGGGAUCUAUGGGACGGCCAGCGCCUUGUAUCGCUAGUGACUAGACCUGAGCGGCGCAUCGCAAAACCAAGGAAGCUGUAAGCAGCACGAGGGGACCGACAAUCUUCAUGGUGAAUUUGGGGAGUUAUCGCCCGGUUUGGCCUGAUUCCUACAUACGUUUCCUCCUCCAUUAAAUGCUUUCUUUUCUUUUCUUUCCAAGGUCGUGUUUUCUCACUUCACAGUAGCUUGGCACCCCGUGACAUCCCGCAAUGCGGACGUUCCGUAAACGUCAUCAUCGAAGGUUGGUAUUAUCUUUCAGGGAAACAACCCAAGCGAAGCUGCCUUGGAGAUCCUGGGAAGAUCGCUUCGCCGGGGUUGACUGAAUUCCAAGUAUGUCGGAGAAGAGGUCCCGAGGAGAAGUAAGCAUGGGCGCUCAACAUCCCCAUGCGGGGAUGCUGUGCAGCCUCUGCGACACCCAUUCAGCCAGGACGGGCGCUUGAUGCGUUGGCCCGUGGCUUCCGAGGCCGAUCCGCUUCUGCUGGGAGUUGUCAUUGAUGGCCGAACAUUCCGACUGGAGCUUCUAUCGUAAUCGUAUUUGUACUCAAUUUAUUGACAUGCCGACAGGAUGAGUGUCUGGCUGCAUACCGGGCCGACAAUUUGGCCAUGUCCCUGCCGAUAAUUGGCUCAAUGUAUACCACAAACGUAAUCAAACAGCAACUCAUUGGUUUACGAAAGGACACAUGUACCACCACUUUUGACCUCCGCUACGUCUCGUGCCUUUCUCAGGGCGUCCUCGACAACAUUCAAAAUGGCUAGCACCCUCUCCUCGUCAUGACGCCGUCCAACCAGCUGUAAGCUGAUUGGGGCAUUGUGAUAUCGUUCCGUAUCCCAAAGCGAGUGAAUGUAUUGCUCUGUCGGAUUCCGAGGCCCAGGAAGCUCCCAUUCGUAUUUGGUAUCUUUCUUAUGCCGUCCAACCGGGAAAACGACUGAGCUGUAGUCCAGUAAGUUCCAGUAGGAACUGUAUCCCCACCAACGUGUGGUAUCGUGGGCUGAAGCCAAUGUCGGAUGACAAGGACAGAGGAUCGCAUCAAACGGUCGUCCGGUAGUUGUGCUCGAUAUCGUCUUGUUCCAGUAUUCAAGAGCCUGGGUUCGGAUAGAUUCACGUUCGACAUUCAACGGCCAUGUUUCUGCCGCCGUGUACAACCGGGUAUUCUGUGAUAAGAUCCAUGUUGUCUGGGGCACCGCGGGCUCACCAGCUUGGCUCAGGGUAUCGUAGUAUUCUUUCCCGCCGUCGAGAAGAUAGAUCUUUGUAAUCAGCGUCCAGACGGCCAUGUGGUGGUUCAGAGUCUGCCAGUCCAACACCUCGUGCCCAGCAGCCAGCAAUGCACUCUUCACCUCCUCCAGCGCGGCCCGAAUAGGGGGAUGCGGCGCGACGACCCCGUCGUCCCAAAGAAUCGCUAUUGACAACCUCUUUGGGAGACCUUUGCCCUUCGCAACCUCCUCCUGCCAAGGCAUGCGCAGUAGCGGGGCUUCGAGAAGCCAGGGCUCGUACUGCAGCAUGACCCGGCAGAACAGCUCCAAGUCGCGUGCGGAAGUCGCAAGUGGUCCGAGCACGCCGACAAUGUUGUCCAUUCCUGCCUGAGAUCCCAUCAGGCCAGCAUGUGGCGUACGUGCUACGGAGGGCUUGAAUCCAUACAGUCCGCAGAACGCAGCCGGGGUUCUGAUGCUGCCGCCAAUGUCCGUACCCACACCCAUCGGGCUUCCAUGUACCGAGAUAAGCGCCCCUUCUCCGCCGCUGCUUCCUCCUGGGGAGAGUUUGCGAUUGAAGGGGUUCAAUGUCCGACCGAAUACGUUAUUAUUUGUCUCAAGGGAAAGAAGCGUCUGCGGAUUUGCUGUCUUCGCGUAUAAUACCGCACCUGCUCGUCUCAAGAGUGCGACGGCAGUCGCGUCCGUGUCUGCGACGGUCUUGUUCGCCCAUAUGAUGUAUCCCGUCGAGGUGUCGGUUCCCUUGAGAAGAAUGUGGUCCUUGACCGAUACCGGAAGACCAUGCAACGGCCCCAUCACCUUGCCUGUUUUCAAGAGGUGUUUGUCGCACUCUGCAGCACGAGCCAGACCUUCCUCGAAGAAGAUCUCGGUGAGGCAGUUCGUGGUGUCUUGUGCCACAAUCGCGACCUUGAUGAAGGCCGUGAGGACCUCGACAGCCGUAUAUUGCUUCGAUGCAAGAGCAGAGACGAGCUCGGUAGCGUCAUGGUGAACGAUGACUUUCUCCUUGUCCGUGAGCUUCGACAGACAGAGUUGCGAUACGUCGAGAACGUCGUCUCCAGGGAGUUGAUCCAACCGCCACUUGGAGAGAUCUUGAAGAAUCGACUCACGCGUUGCCUGUUUCCGUCCCGCUAUCAACUGCCAUGGCUCGACCUGACCACCCCCCAUCACAAUUCUUGAAUGAUGGGAGGAAAAGAGGUCAAGAAAGACUGGGUAAGGUUGAGAUGUCAGUUUGCGAACUUGUCGGUGCGUGCAAAUGAAUUGCUCCACGG